CGGAACCGAGGGUGCGGCGGUGGCGGAGCCACUGUUACUGCUGCUGCUCGCUUGGCCCCUCCUUCCGCCGCUGGUGUCGGCGGUACUUCCAAUAUGGCGCCCCUCCUGUCAUCAACCCACUGGGUACCAGCUACCCUGCCAACACUUGCAUGCAGCCGUCCUUCCUCAUCAAGAUGCUACAGAGCAAUGCUUGCAUCAGCAUCUCCCACCCAGCACCUGGGGACUGGUUUGUGGCUGCCUACCUGCCCCCCUCAUCCCAAAAGAUUGAGGCUUUGUUCCCACCUUUGCCUACGUCUUCCAGCCUGGGAUGCUGGUCAUGUGGGUAGCCGAAGUCUCCAUCCCGGAGCCUCAUACCCUUUUCGCAGACCCUCCUCUUCCACCCCAGCUACCUCAAGUGAGUGGAGGUAUUGGGGAGGCCCAGCUUCUGGAUUUGAUGGAGUGGGUGAUUCCACUGUCCUCACUGUGGGUGAAAAAGCCUUCUUCCAGGGACAUCCCCUGAGUUUGAGCACCUUGUCUUGCAAGGCCAACCUGAUCAUCCCCUACCCAGAGAUAGACAACUGGUACCUCUCCCUGCAGCUUGUGUGUCCUCAGAGUCCUGAGUGUAUUGCUGUGGGCACCGGUGCCACUGCUACCCUACCUCCUGGCAACGCUGGGUCUUCUACUUCCUGCCUGACAUCUCCAUGGCUGCUGUGGCCAUGGCUAUGGCCAUCUACUCCUCCAUGA